UUGCCGCAACUGCGGCUCCAGGUGCUGACUGCACAGCCACUGCGGUACUGUCCGCAGCUGCGCGCCGGGCUCAGUCGGCAUUAUUUACGGUACAGAAUACUCGCCCGCGCGGCGGUAUUUACGGUAACGGGGAACAGCUUGGGCGGCAGUAUUUACGGUAACGAAAGCCAGCUGUAUUUACGGUAGCGAGGGCUGGACCGGCGGCGGCAUUUACGGUAACGGGGCCGGGCUCGCUGAGGCCCGUCGGCUUGGCCCGCUCUGGGCGUUAUCAAGUGAUCUCCAGCCAAGGCGGCCGCCACCCCCUGCACCCAGCGGAAAAUGCAAAAUGGCCCUCUGGGGCAGUGAGGGGCCGUUGCCCUCGGCCCGGGCCUGCCGCACCUCCUUCCCGCAGCUGGCGGCCGGCAGAGCUGAACAGGGUCCGGGUGUAGCCCCCUCUCGCCCCUCCGCAGGGGCGCCGGCCUGAACUGGGCGCGGGAACCAGGCCGCCCUCGGCGCCCAGCCCGCCCUAGUCCCGCGCGCCACCCCCGCCGUGCCGCGCCCACAUGGGUCUGUGCUACAGUCUACGGCCGCUGCUUUUCGGGGGCCCAGGGGACGACCCCUGCGCGGCCUCGGAGCCCCCAGUGCAGGACACGCAGCCCGCCCCGGCCCCAGUCCGGGCGGCUGCAAGGGACACGGCUCGGACCUCGCUCCCUCGGGGCGGCGGCGGGAGCCCGGCAUGCGCUUGGCCCCAAGCAGACAAGCCGAAGGAGAAGCGGCAGCGCACCGAGCUGCUGAGCGCCGAGGAGCGCGAGGCGGCCAAGGAGGCGAGGAAAGUGAGCCGGGGCAUCGACCGCAUGCUGCGCGAGCAGAAGCGCGACCUGCAGCAGACGCACCGGCUCCUGCUGCUCGGGGCUGGUGAGUCUGGAAAAAGCACUAUCGUGAAACAGAUGAGGAUCCUGCACGUCAAUGGGUUUAAUCCCGAGGAAAAGAAACAGAAAAUUCUGGACAUCCGGAAAAAUGUUAAAGAUGCUAUCGUGACAAUUGUUUCAGCAAUGAGUACUAUAAUACCUCCAGUUCCGCUGGCCAACCCUGAAAACCAAUUUCGAUCAGACUACAUCAAGAGCAUAGCCCCUAUCACUGACUUUGAAUAUUCCCAGGAAUUCUUUGACCAUGUGAAAAAACUUUGGGACGAUGAAGGAGUGAAGGCAUGCUUUGAGAGAUCCAAUGAAUACCAGCUGAUUGACUGUGCACAAUACUUCCUGGAAAGAAUCGACAGCGUCAGCUUGGUUGACUACACACCCACAGACCAGGACCUCCUCAGAUGCAGAGUUCUGACAUCUGGGAUUUUUGAGACACGAUUCCAAGUGGACAAAGUAAACUUUCACAUGUUUGAUGUUGGCGGCCAGAGGGAUGAGAGGAGAAAAUGGAUCCAGUGCUUUAAUGAUGUCACGGCUAUCAUUUACGUCGCAGCCUGCAGCAGCUACAACAUGGUGAUUCGAGAAGAUAACAACACCAACAGGCUGAGAGAGUCCCUCGAUCUUUUUGAAAGCAUCUGGAACAACAGGUGGUUACGGACCAUUUCUAUCAUCUUGUUCUUGAACAAACAAGAUAUGCUGGCAGAAAAAGUCUUGGCAGGGAAAUCAAAAAUUGAAGACUACUUCCCAGAAUAUGCAAAUUAUACUGUUCCUGAAGACGCAACACCAGAUGCAGGAGAAGAUCCCAAAGUUACAAGAGCCAAGUUCUUUAUCCGGGACCUGUUUUUGAGGAUCAGCACGGCCACCGGCGAAGGCAAACAUUACUGCUACCCGCACUUCACCUGCGCCGUGGACACAGAGAACAUCCGCAGGGUGUUCAACGACUGCCGCGACAUCAUCCAGCGGAUGCACCUCAAGCAGUACGAGCUCUUGUGAGAAUGCUGCUGCCACCCCGCGAUGGAGCGGCGCCCCAGACCGCCUGCCUGCCAGCCCCAUGCCAUGGUAGGAGGCAGGGUCUCUAGUUCCAUCUCGCUGCCGUCUGUCCCGUUCUGUGUCGACCACCAAGCCUCUGGCUACCUCUGUCCCCUCAGGUUUGGUUGUGUAGCUUCUGUUGUCAUUGAAUACAACCUUCCGCAGCAUCCCACCCCCAAACCACCGACUCUCAUUGCUGACACUGCAGCAGAAUCUCUCCGGGUGGGAGCCCCUUUACUCAUUCUCCCUUUAUUGAUUCAUCGAGGAGAACUUGGUAGAUGGGGAGAAAACGCAGUUUGCUUUUUUCCCCACGUUGUCAAGCGUGACUGCAAGAGCCUACGUGCGGUGCCGUGAGCCGCAAGAGCUACGUGCGGUGCCCUGAGCCGCGGCCCCCUCUGAUUUCCCCUUUAUGAAGCUGCAGGUUGACGAGCGAUGGUCCCUUCCCAUCAGCCUUAGCCCUAGACUUAGAGUCAACCCCAAGCGACAGAGUGACCAGAAACCCUUUUACAGUCACAUUCAGAGUCGCUGCUGGCCUCAGGCAUUUGAAUUAGAGCUACUUUGAGCCUCUUACAUUUAGGCAGAAAACCUACCACAUUCACUACUGCAAAAUGUGUCUUGUAUAAAAAUGAUUCUCUAAACUUUCACUAUACUUAGGCAUAGUCUUCUUUCUUAGAUUCUCUUCGUUGUUGUCCCUACUGCUGGUUUAUUAUACUGUACAGACCACAAAAUGUAAUAUUCUUUUGUAUAACUACUAAAGAAAAAUCCUUGUAGAUCUUUGUGCCUUCACCAUGGCUAUCUAUACCUGUACAUGAAAUGUAUUUGUAUUGUGCUGAAGAGCUUAAUGUCAACAUUACCUGCUGCUUACUCUGAAAAAAGGAAUGAAUGGUAGCUGUAGAAUUUAGGAUAUUUCAUAAGGUUGGCACUUUAUAAAAUACUCCCUGAUUUAAAAAAUUGUAAGUUAUCCACAUUCAUCAUCCACAUUCUACCAACAGUGUCGUACCAACAUCACAAGCUGUUGCAACCACCUGCUCGCUCUUCUCUGAGCUGUAAAAACCUGAACUCAAUUCAGGGGUACAAAUUGCAAUCUCAUCUUUUCAGGGUACCAGGGACUUUUUUCUCUCUCUCUAGACAGUAUGUUUCCUAAUUAGUCUGCUAAGGAAACACUCCUUCAGGUUCCCUAAGUGGGAGCAGGUCCAUCAUUUCCUUAGUCACAACUCUGGACACAGGCUACAUCGUCCAAGUAAACAAACAGAGAAAAACAAAACGUGACGUGUCAAUGUUUGUGUCUGCCUAGGAGAAUAAGGAUGACAGCCUCACUUGCGUUUUGAAGAAGAAACAUUACAAAACCUUACUCUGAAGUAUGAAGUCAAAAGAUAAUGGCUCUUUCUCACACUCGCAAGAUUUACACAUAUAGCCUCAAACAUUAUGACACACAAACAGUAUCUAGAAAGUAAGAACCGUUGUAGCAAUGACACUUCAUGUUCUAUCUGCAGCCAGAGUUGAGGGUAGUUUUCAUAGGUCUAAAAUAAUCUGUAAAGAUGUCCAAAGUUAAAUUUUCAACAAUACACAUCUAGAGGAGUGACAGCCUAUUACUUCAUUACUCUCCUUUUAGUCUUUAGUCUGUAAUAUUUUCAAGUUUACUCUAUAAAUCAGCAUUUUGUAAUCCUUUAUAACUCAUCCAGAUUUAAAUGCUACUUUUUCAUGAAGAAAGGAUGACAACUUUAUAGACAGUCAGUGCAACACACACAUAUUUUAUCUCAUCACCGUCUUCCUGCCCUUUCCAUCCACUGUCUCAUAAAACCCUCAGUUGAACUAAGAUAAAUACAAUAGAAAUUAUUUGCAGUUCCCCUUGCACUGUCAAAGUAAAACAAGAAAACUGAAAAGCUACACCUCCAGCAAGAAAGAGAAGUAUGUUGUUGUAUGCAUCCUCAACAAUUACCCUCUAACUAAACAUCCUGUUUAAGAGUUUAAUUCGCCGGGCGAGGUGGCUCAAGCCUGUAAUCCCAGCACUUUGGGAGGCCGAGACGGGCGGAUCACGAGGUCAGGAGAUCGAGACCAUCCUGGCUAACACAGUGAAACCCCCGUCUCUA